AUGGGCACGGUGCUGUCGCUAUCUCCUGCCUCCUCGGCCAAGGGCCGGAGGCCAGGCGGGCUGCCGGAGGAGAAGAAGAAGGCGCCGCCCGCGGGGGACGAGGCGCUGGGGGGCUACGGGGCGCCGCCAGCGGGCAAGGGCGGCAAAGGCGAGAGCCGACUCAAGAGGCCGUCGGUGCUCAUCUCCGCGCUUACCUGGAAGCGUCUGGUGGCCGCGUCUGCUAAGAAGAAAAAAGGCAGCAAGAAGGUGACGCCCAAGCCAUCAUCCACCGGUCCUGACCCUCUGGUCCAGCAACGCAACCGCGAGAACCUUCUCCGCAAGGGUCGGGACCCCCCAGACGGCGGCGGCGCCGCUAAGCCCCUGGCUGUGCCAGUGCCCACGGUGCCCGCGGCGGCCGCCACCUGUGAGCCACCGUCGGGAGGCAGUGCUGCCGUCCCGCCGCCAGGCUCGGGCGGGGGAAAGCCGCCACCACCACCACCCCCAGCCCCGCAGGCUGCGCCUCCAGUGCCUGGCGGCUCGCCGCGGCGGGUCAUCGUGCAAGCGUCCACCGGCGAGCUGCUGCGCUGCCUGGGCGACUUCGUGUCGCGCUGCUACCGCCUCAAGGAGCUGAGCCCCGGCGAGCUGGUGGGCUGGUUCCGCGGCGUGGACCGCUCGCUGCUGCUGCAGGGCUGGCAAGACCAGGCCUUCAUUACGCCCGCCAACCUGGUGUUCGUGUACCUGCUGUGCCGAGAGUCGCUGCGCGGGGACGAGCUGGCGUCGGCCGCUGAGCUGCAGGCCGCCUUCCUCACCUGCCUCUACCUCGCCUACUCCUACAUGGGCAACGAGAUCUCCUACCCUCUCAAGCCCUUCCUCGUAGAGCCCGACAAGGAGCGCUUCUGGCAGCGUUGUCUGCGCCUCAUCCAGCGGCUCAGCCCGCAGAUGCUACGGCUCAACGCCGACCCCCACUUCUUCACGCAAGUCUUUCAAGACCUCAAGAACGAGGGCGAGGUCGCCGCGGGCGCCGGGGGUCCACCGAGCGGGGGCGCGUCCACCGCCUCCUCCUCGGCCGCCAGGGACAGCUGCGCGGCCGGAGCCAAGCACUGGACUAUGAACUUGGACCGCUAGGGAUACCCAGGGGCCGCGCCCGCCCCCGCCUCCGUCCCCGACACACACCCGGUACCCCCGGGACCAUCAAGCCACCGCCGCUGUUACCGCCGCUCCGCGCCCGGGCUGGGCCGAGGAGGAGCCGCCCCUGCCCUUCAGGGGAAGGUGGAGGCUAGGACACUAGAGGCCACGAUGUCUGGAUUUGCUGGGCUGGGCUGGGGAUGGGGGAUGAGCGUGGGAAGGGCACUCCCAACUGCACCCUUUCCGUCUGUCUGCGCCCCCAUCUCUGUUUCUGCCCGGGUCUUCCCCUUCCCUGCUGUGCGUGUCUGUAAGUCCAUCUCCCCUGGGUUUUGUGCUUUUCCUCGCCUCUUUUCUAUAUCUUCAUCUUUCCUCCUAUCUGCAUUUCCAUUUCU